UUACCAGUGACGCGUCACAAGCGAGAGAUCCUUGCCGCGUACGCCCGCAGCGAUGUGGUCGUGCUGCAAUCAGCGACGGGAUCGGGUAAGACGACCCAGGUUCCACAGUUUUUGGCGAAGUUUGUGCACCGCAAAGUCCUGUGCACGCAACCGCGGCGUGUGGCGGCCACGAGUGUUGCUGCACGAGUAGCGAGCGAAAUGGGCAGUCCGUUGGGCGCUGGGGGUGAUGUAGGCUACCGCGUUCGUUUUCAGGAGUGCUGCUCUGCUUUGAACAAGAUUCUCUUUUUGACAGAUGGUAUGGCCGUGCGCGAGGCGGUCCAAGACCCGCUUUUCUCCCAGUACAGCUGCAUCCUGCUCGACGAGGCGCACGAGCGUAGUGUGCAGACUGACAUUCUCAUGGGUCUGGUUAAACAAGCUUUGGUGCAGCGGCGGCGGAUGCAUCGAGAGUGGACGCGAAGCGGCGGAAAGAAUUCCGUAACGAAUGAAGGUGCAAGUGCCGACGAAUGCACCCAGGAAGAGCCAGUUGCCACUCCCCCUCCGCAACCGCUCAAGGUGAUCGUGAUGAGUGCAACGUUAGAAGUUAGAACCUUUGUGAAUUUUUUCUCGAACGCCAGUACACCUGACGAUAAUAGAACAGCAGAUGGCAGCUCCCCAAACGUGAAGGACGAUGAUCCUUUCCAAGUGGAGGUGGUUGAGGUGCCCGGUCGCCAGCAUCCAGUGAAAGUAUACUACACGCCAACACCCACGGACGACUACCUCCUGGCAUGUGCGACUGCGUGCCUGCAGCUGCAUCGCAAUAAGCCUAGUGGCGGGGAUAUCCUCUGUUUCCUGCCCGGGCAAGAAGCCAUCGAGAGCUUGCACCAUUUGCUCGAAGAACGGCGGCGGAACGAAGGCGAUUUUGGUAGUGGACGAGUGGACACCGAGCUUAAGCGUCUAAGCGACAAGGAGGAAGUACCUCUCCACUCUGAAGGGCCUGCUGAAGACAAUCCAAACUUAGCGAGCGCGGCUGCGCAUCAAACUUCGCCAGGGGCGGUGGACGAUGCUUCUCCGUGGGAAGUACAGCAAGAAGAUGGUCAUGAGGCUCCUGUCCACGUACCAGAAGAGGACGGCGCUGAGGCUCCGCCGCUGAUUUUAGAGGACGACUUGCUUAUUUGUCCGCUCUAUGCGGCGCUCCCCUUCGACCAGCAGAUGAGCGUUUUCACACCGGCAGCUUCGGGGACGCGCAAGGUUGUGUUGGCAACAAACAUCGCGGAGACCUCAAUUACGAUUCCCGGAAUCCGAUACGUUGUGGACGCUGGCUAUGUGAAGUUGAAAAUCGCACAUCCCACUACCGGGGUCGAAUGCUUGAAAAUCGUAGAAACGAGCCGCGCCCAGGCGGAGCAGCGGGCGGGCCGUGCGGGACGGGAGGCUCCGGGUGAGUGCUACCGAAUCUAUCCGGAGUCCUUUUUUCGAAACAAGUUUUUGGCCCAGACGCCUCCAGAGAUACUGCGCACAGAGUUCUCGCAGUUGUUUUUAUUGCUUAAAAGUUUGAGGGUGCAAAAGGUGGACAAGUUUCCCUUCUUAGAUGUUCCCCCGAAGCAGAACAUGAUCAAGGCCUGUUUUUUCCUGAAACGCGUGCAAGCCUUGGACCGGAAACUAGAACUGACGACGCUCGGCCAGCAAUUGGCACGACUGCCGCUGCAUCCGCUCUUCGGUUUGGCGCUCAUCCGGAGUGUCGAGUUCGAGUGCGUCGCGGAGGUUCUCUCCAUAGUGGCAAUGCUUUCGCUUGACGCGGUCUUUUUCCUCAACGUGGAGAACGAUCGGGCGAAGAAAGAGACGCGAGACAGUCUGAGGCACCCCCUGGGAGACCAGCUCACACUACUGCAGGUCUACCGGAAGUGGAAACGUCAUCCGGCCAAACUGCAGAGGCACUUCUGCCACGUGCACGGCCUGAAUCACUUCGCAUUGCAGCGCGCGGAAAAGGUUCGCACGCAGCUUAAAGAACUUCUAAUUCAUGCUUUGGGCGUGCAGCACAUCACUUCAUGCGGCGGAG